AUGUGUCGUGAGAAUGGUCAAAAGAAUAUUUCUAUAAGCAGGGCAGUAACUGCUUGGAAAUUAGUUCUUGCUGGAAUGAACAAGGGAAUGAACGCUGAUACAAUUGUUAAGGGCAAGAGUUUUUUUGAUGGUGAUGAAGACCAUCAUGAAAAAGAUGUCGGUAGACGAUGGGGGCAACCCACGGAGAAUGGAAGGAGGGGCAACCUCGGGGGUUCCCAGCACGAGCGCAUCAGAUCCCCGCCGAGGCAGCCCGAGAAGCGACCCUUUGGAGGAACCGGUAGCGAUAGAGCCAGAAUAAUCCAGGAGCUGCGCCAUAGAGUGCAGAACCUGGAACGGAAAGUGGCAGUCAGGGAGCGUCGCCAAUCAACGCCAAGUUUAGAGCAUUCCCGACCCUCCCAAAGAAGGGAAGGAAGCCCUCGAAGUAGUCACUCCAGGCGUACUCCGAGCCCCGAAUCGGAACCCAAGAGCCAAGAAGAAAGUAGAGAAGCGCCGAGAAGAUGGCGAGAACCCUUGGUAUAUACCCGAACGCAUCGCGAAGGCUCUAGAGAAAGACCAAGGAGAAACCGGUCACGCGGAGAGGACGGUGGAGAAAGGGCGAGGAGAAGCCAACAACCUGUGAUCAUGGGAGUAACCCCUUUCCACCACUCGAUCCUCGAGGUCCGACUUUCGAAGCACUUUGAUAAGCCGACCAACAUGCGGUACGAUGGGACCCAAGAUCCCCAAGAACAUCUGACGACCUUCGAGGCCAAGAUGAACUUGGAAGGGGUCGGUGACGAAGUCAGAUGCCGCGCCUUCCAGGUCACUUUAGCAAGCUUGGCGAUACGAUGGUUCAACGGCCUCCCUCAGGCCUCUAUAACGACCUUCGGAGACAUUACCCAAGCCUUCCUAAGCCAGUUUACUACCCGUAUCGUUAAGGCGAAACACCCGAUCAACCUCCUUGGCAUAACACAAAGAACCAGAAAGCCGACCAGGAAAUACCCAGACAGGUUCAACGACGAGUGCCUAGAGAUCGACGACUUAACCGACUCGGUGGCUAAAGUCAGCCAGGUAGUGACGGCCAACAAGCGGCAGCCUACCUACAACCAGCCUCGACAGUACAGCAGCAGAGAGAGGCUUGAGGAGCACUCCAAGGACGGAGUCCCGACCAAAAACUCCAGGCCGUUUCCCCGGGUUGGCAAGUUCACCAAUUAUACCCCCCUAGCCGCCCCAAUUGUGGAGGUCUAUCAACAAAUAGCCGAUAAGGGUAUCCUGUCGAAGCCCCGACCUCUCAAGGACAGGACCGGGGGAAACAAGAGCCUCUAUUGUGAUUACCAUAAGGGCUUCGGUCAUAAGACCCAAGACUGUUUUGAUCUCAAAGACGCCUUGGAACAUGCAAUCCGAGACGGAAAGCUGGCGGAACUAUCCCAUCUCAUAAGAGAGCCGAGAAGGAGAGAUAGAGAUCGGCCCGAGGACAAAGACAGAGUCGUAAGGCAAAAGAGGGAACCAGAGGAGGACAGCAAACAGGGACUCACGGUGGUGAAUGUCGUGGUCGAAAGGGAUGCUGCACCCAGGUCGAGAUCGGCGUGCAGAAAGGAUGCCAAAGUCUUGGCAGUAUCCUCAUCGAGAACCACACCUUCCCCCGGGAAAGUACCGCUAAUCUCGUUCGGACCUAAAAACCAGUGGAUUGAAGGCAUGCAAGAAAACCCUCCUAUGGUGAUCACAGCAAGAGUUGGAACCGGACUGGUUAAGCGAAUCCUGGUGGACAUUGGCACAGAUUCAAACAUCAUAUUCCGCAAUGUGUUUGAUGCCUUAGAUCUACGAGAUGCCGACUUGAAGACCCACGAACACGGUGUGGUCGGUCUUGGAGAUCACUUCAUCAAGUCGGAUGGGAUAAUUUCUUUGCCGGUCUCCAUAGGCAGAGGUCCAGUGAGGAGGACCGUAAUGCCGGAGUUCGUCGUCCUAAGGGACUCUACAGCAUACAACAUCAUAAUGGGAAGAGAAACCAUCAAUGAACUCGGAGCAAUAAUUUACACUAAGUUGCUGGUGAUGAAGUUUGUUUCUGAUAACGGGUUGAUUGGAUCCAUCCAGGGAGAUUUAGAGAAGGCAGUCGCCUGCGACAACGCCAGCCUUUCCCUAAGGAAGAAAUCCAAAGAAGCAGCUGGAGUCUUCUUAGCCGACCUAGAUGCAAGAAUUGAGGACAAGCCCAGGCCAGAGCCCGAGGGAGACCUCGAGAAGAUCAGGAUCGGCUACUCGGAGGCAAAGUUCACCUUCGUGAAUAGAAACCUUCCUUAUGAAGUAAAGGAGCCAUUGGUGGAAGUGAUUUGGAAAAACGGCGACCUGUUCGCGUGGACGCCAGCCGACAUGCCAGGUAUUGACCCCGAGCUCAUGUCGCAUCACCUGGCCAUGAGAGCGGACGCCAAGCUGGCAGCACAGAGAAGAAGGAAAAUGUCCCAGGAAAGAGCCGAUGAGGUGGCCAGACAGACGGCUGACCUCUUGCAAGCGGAGUUCAUCCAGGAGUAG